CAAUCGGGACGCGUUUUCGUCACAGCCUCUGUGUGUGCUUUUUGACACUAAGCGCAUGGAGUGACUGAACCGGCUCACACAAGGAAUGUCAUCUCUCUGUGUUUUGAAAGACACUAACGUUGCUAGCUAACAUAUGAUAUCUUCUGUCAUCAUGCCAGAGGACAGCAGCCACAAAUAUACCAUGGUCACUUGUACUGCACCAGUGAACAUCGCCGUUAUCAAAUACUGGGGUAAGAGGGAUGAGGAUCUUAUUCUGCCCGUGAACUCAUCGCUCAGCGUCACUCUUCACCAAGACCAGCUCAAAACUACGACUACCGUUGCAUGCUGCAGAGACUUCGUAGAGGAUCGUCUUUGGUUAAAUGGCAAAGAGGAAGAUAUCAACCAGCCCAGACUCCAGUCAUGUCUCAGAGAAAUACGAAGACUAGCCCGGAAGAGACGAAGCGAUAAGGAUUCUACUGUUGAUGUCUCUGGGUUAUCUUACAAGGUCCACAUCUGUUCCAAUAAUAAUUUUCCCACUGCAGCUGGUCUGGCAUCAUCCGCCGCUGGUUAUGCUUGCCUGGUGUACACACUGGCACGUUUAUUUGGAGUAGAGGGGGAGUUAUCCUGUGUAGCGAGACAGGGGUCAGGCAGUGCCUGCAGGAGUAUGUAUGGAGGCUUCGUCCAGUGGAAGAUGGGAGAAAGGGAGGACGGGAAAGACAGCCUAGCUGACCAGGUGGAGCCUGAGACCCACUGGCCUGAACUCAGAGUACUGGUCUUGGUGGUGAGUGCAGAGAGGAAGCCUGUCGGGAGCACUUCAGGCAUGCAAACAAGUGUGGAGACAAGCAGUCUUUUAAAGUACCGGGCAGACAGUGUCGUGCCUGGGAGGAUGGAUGAAAUGACCAGUGCCAUCAGGAGAAAGGACUUUGCCGCCUUUGCUGAACUGACCAUGAAGGACAGCAAUCAGUUCCAUGCCACCUGCCUAGACACGUACCCGCCUAUCUUCUACCUCAAUGAUGUGUCUCGUAGAGUCAUUAACCUGGUCCACCGCUAUAACCGUCAUUAUGGGGAAACAAGGGUGGCAUACACAUUUGAUGCAGGCCCAAACGCAGUCAUCUACACCUUGCAGGAUCAUGUCUCAGAAUUUGUGCAAGUGGUUUGUCACUUCUUCCCAAUGGAGUCCAAUAGAGGAAAAUUUCUCCAAGGGCUCCCUGUAGCCUCCACCACAGUCUCAGAUGAACUAAAGAAUGCCAUUGGGAUGGAGCCUGUGUCCAAUGGAAUCAGCUACAUCAUCAGCACAAAGGCUGGCCCUGGACCACGUGUUGAGGAAGACCCAAGCCUUCAUCUGCUGGACUCUGAUGGACUGCCUAAGAAGACGGUCUAAGUUAGAAGGCCUCCAGGAUGGCUAAGGGCAAUGCUGCCCCUGCAAUGACAUUAAAUGUUACAAUCAGGACAUAGAUCUAUUACUAUACAUCUAUUAUGUAUAAUCAAAUAUUGUAUCAUGUACCAUUUGUCAGCAUUCAGCCUAAGAGGUUAUUUAUUGACUACAUUUGGUGUUGUGGUAUUGCUCUAACAUUGGAUCAGUGCAUAACACAUUAUGACAUAGGCAAGACCUCGCCCCUUAAAACUAAACAUGUAUAAUGUCUAAAAUGUACGAUGAAUAUAAUUUCUUCUUGCAGUGAGGUUUUCCUUAUCUGUAGUUCACAUUCCUAUGAUGUCUUUGUGAUAUACCUAUAAAUGCUCAUUAGUGAUAGGGUGAUGCAUGAUUAUGGUUUGUUCUUGGCCAUAUAUGUAAAAGGAAUGCACAACAAUAUCAGACAAUUAGGAAAUAACUAUUUCUCAUUCAAAUAUAUAAACUGUAGAGUUGAACAGAAAGUAAAUACAUCUCACAUUGGCAGAGAUGGUCAGUUAUAUUUUGGUUUAUUAAAAUGACCCUUCACAAGGAACUGAGCUAUUUAUAUAUUCUUACAUUUUGUAAAUGACAGCUCAUAAACAUAAACACAUACAGUGUUUUAAAAUGGUUCUGAAUCAAGCAAAUAGAGUCACUUUUAAUGAUGUGUCUCAGUUAUCCACGCAUUUGAAGAUAUGAUUUGGGGUACUUUCUUCAUGAAAAACAUUUAAUUUCAGUGGUUACCAGCAGCUGCUGUUAUCUGAUUACCAGAAUGAUACAUAAUUAGUCUGUUUUUUUAGAAGCCAGGUAAUACUUUCUUUAUUCUAAUGUAAAUGUGAUGUGUAUUAGAUGUAAUUAACACCAUUAAUCCGUAGGGAGUUUGUAAAGGGAUAUUAGCUAAAUUUGUGUAGGGCUUCGUGGACGAUUAAAGGGUUGGUUACCACAUACAAACACAUUGAGGACAAAGUGUCAGUCUUUUAGCAAUAUUUUCAUGGUGGUCAAAGUUCUAUCAAUGUAUUUCAGGUAUUGUGAUGACUAAAGGUGAGACCAUCUGGACACACAGGAAUUAAUUAAUGAAAAAUAGAAUUUUCAAUGCAUACUGCCGACAUCAUCUUGGACAUUUUAAUAUCAAGUAAUACAUGUUUUAAUAUAUGCACACCUUUAGUAAAACUGGGACAAGGUGUACAUUUUACAUGCACAUUUCAAGAUAUAUUUUGUACUUGUACUACAAUAUUUCUGUAUCAGACUGUUCAUGAUGUGCUUUGUAUUAAAGUAUAUUUUGGAUCAUA